UGAAGCGCAGAGAGAGAAGUGAUGACAUGGUGGUGAAACAAACUCUGCACGGUCCCAAAUAUUCGAUUUCAUCUAAAAGCUAAGUUGCGAUUGCAUUUCUUAUACUUGCGUCAGAAUCUAUUUUAGUUUAUAACUGCCUUGGUACAUAAAUAAUCUUACAAGAUCGCACAGAUUUAUAGACUACAGUGUUCCAGAUGCCGACAGAUGCCUAAGCAGUGAUUUAAACUUGGACGUUUUCAUUGGAUUAAAUUUUUGCAGCCGGUGAUAUACUGUUGCAAGACCCAGUACCUAAGAAGUAGACCGUGGAAAGUGUAGACAUGUUUCAUAUACUUUAAUUCUGUUUUGCAUAGGAUAGCCAUCGCAUCUAAGGUUGCAUCUUGCAAUUAAGUAAAUAAGAUAUAAUCAGCUGAUUCCACAGCCGUGAUUUCACCGCAGUGUAACGUGGGUUGCUGUGUAUUUGAACUUCCAGCACCAAAUGCACAGACAAAAGAGUGCUGUGUAAAACAGGGUUGACAAAAUAAAAAAAAUAUCUGAAAUAGAAAAAAAAAAGAAAGAAAAUGAAUGGAGCAAGAGAAGUUCCCCUUCUCAGCAAUGGACAUGGACCAGAUGAAGUCCUCUCCCCAGUGACACCGCUUUCACCAACACCAACAGGAAACGAAAGUAGAAUAUUAAAAAUAUUGGGCAGUGCAGCUGGUCUCAGUUGCAAAGCAGAGAGGCCACCACAGGCUGGGAGUCUGUUCACAAAUGAGGAUGAGGAUGUUGGUGUUGAUGCAGAAAUGGGAGCUGAAAUGACCAAACUUAUGUCCAAGAUGGCUUUGGUUAGCCCAAGUGAUGAUGUGUAUGAACUCUUACUGGAGCAUUUAAGGGAAAGAGUCUAUGGUGGAAUGGGAGAGACCAUCUAUGAAAUUGGUAUUGGAGAGGGUGAGCUCCCUGGCUUAAAUGAAGAGGACAUGCAAGCUUCCAUAGCAACACUAAAAACCAUGGCAGCUACUCUCAAUGCUGACUGUGUGGAGCUAAGAUUCAAAAGUGAGAAGUGUGGUCAAGUUGCAGAAUUUCUGAUUAGAAAGCGAGCUGAGUCAAGAGAUUUUAUGGAAGUGAGGAUAGCAGUGGUUGGGAAUGUGGAUGCAGGCAAGAGUACUCUGCUGGGUGUCCUGACCCAUGGGGAGUUGGAUAAUGGGCGUGGCUUUGCUCGUCUCAAGCUGUUUCGUCACAAACAUGAAAUGGAGUCAGGCAGGACGAGCAGUGUAGGGAAUGACAUUUUGGGGUUUGACAGUUCAGGACAGGUGGUCAAUAAGCCUGACCAUGGCCAUCUAGACUGGACCAAGAUAUGUGAAGAGUCUUCAAAGGUGAUAACCUUCAUUGAUUUAGCUGGCCAUGAAAGAUACCUGAAGACCACAGUAUUUGGCAUGACAGGCCACACCCCUGAUUUCUCCAUGUUAAUGAUUGGUGCUAAUGCAGGAAUAGUAGGGAUGACCAAAGAGCACCUUGGCUUGGCUCUUGCCCUUAGUGUGCCCGUGUUUGUGGUUGUAACUAAAAUAGAUAUGUGUCCUCCUAAUGUUCUCCAAGACACACUGAAACUGCUGCAAAGGGUACUUAAAUCACCAGGCUGUAGAAAAAUACCAGUGCUAGUACAGACCGAGGAUGAUGUAAUCACAUCGGCUGUGAAUUUUAGCUCUGAAAGAAUCUGCCCCAUAUUUCAAGUAUCAAAUGUUACAGGAGAAAAUCUCCAGCUACUCCGCAUGUUUUUAAAUCUCCUAGCACCAAGGAUACACUUCAAUGAGCAUGAACCAGCAGAGUUUCAAAUAGAUGACACAUUUUCUGUGCCUGGUGUUGGCACUGUUGUCUCAGGGACAACACUGAAAGGUGUCAUCCGCCUAAAUGACACCAUGCUGCUGGGGCCAGACUCGCUAGGAGAAUUCAUCCCUGUGCCAGUGAAGAGCAUACACAGGAAAAGAAUGCCAGUGAAGGAGGUGCGCGGAGGACAAACGGCAUCUUUUGCUCUAAAGAAGAUAAAGAGAUCUUAUAUACGCAAAGGGAUGGUCAUGGUUUCCCCUGCUCUUAAUCCCACUGCAUGCUGGGAGUUUGAGUCCGAGGUGCUUGUGCUCCACCACCCCACAACAAUAAGCUGCAAAUAUCAGGCUAUGGUUCAUGUUGGGAGUGUGAGACAGACAGCCAGCAUUAUUUCAAUGAGCACAGAACAUUUACGCACUGGUGACAAAGCAUCUGUCAAGUUUCGUUUUAUAAAAAAUCCAGAAUAUCUUAGGCAGAAUAUGCGAAUGGUGUUUAGAGAAGGCAGAACAAAAGCAGUAGGAACCAUAGUAAAGCUUUACCCAUACGUAAGUGCAGUAGCGCAGAAUAUGCGAUCAUCAAGGGCACAAAAGAAGGCCAUGGAAAGUGGACACCACAUGAGGCCGCAAAAUGAACCACAGAAACCAAGCAAGAGAAAUAGAAAAUCUAGGCACAGGGGAACAGAACUAUCUGGUGCAGCAUCAGUUCCAUCUGCGGCAUCAGCAGAACCAGCAGCAUCAGGAUCUGGCUCCACUGGGGCUCCCGAUCCUGGUUCUGCCAACACAGGUGUAACCACAGUAGCUGCUGGACAUGUGACUGGGGCAGAAGCAGCAGCUGGCACACAGAAAUCUACCAUAACAUAGACUGGACGUCCACACCUUAUAACACCUGGACUCAUAUUUGUAUGGCUUUCAGAUGUUACUUUGAAAAAAAUCAAACAAAUCAAAGACUGCUACAAGCUUGCUCUAGUGAAGUUCAAAUGCCCUCGGUGAACUGAUGUUAUUCAAAUCCUGUACCAGUUUCUUUGUCCUGAAUGAAUGGAUUCAAGCAUCUAUGUAUUUAGGACUAACUGAAUAAAUCCAAAUCUUUUUUUUUCCAAUUUUCACCUUUCCAGGGACAUUAAAUCUGGCUACCCAAAUUUUUAUAAACUAAAAGUCCUAUACAGAUCAAUGCAUGUUUCCCAUAUGCAUCUGUUAGUGACACUAAAAGAGACCUCAGUUUUCUUAAAAGAGGUGAAUCUAUUACCAGAUCAGCUGUCAGUGGAACAGGAGUUUAUAAUAAGGGGGUGAAGAAUAAGUAAGCUUUUAUGUAUUUUGGUAUUAAAAUUGUUUCUUUCUGUUUUCUUUUUUUAAGAUCUUAGUGAAUGUAUAUUUUCUACUGAUUAAUAAUGAUUACAGUAGCACCAGUUCUUUUAAUGUCUGCAUGGAUACCAGUAGUGAAUGGUAACAACCAGUCUGAUUGUCUUUUUAAGAUUGAAAAUAUCAGUGAUUUAUAAAGUAAAGUAAUUUUAAGCAUUUGUAUUAAACUUUUACAAACUUUUUAUGUGACUAUGAACGUAUACAAAUCCAAUCCAGUUGCAAACAAUAUAUGAUUAAAAUGGAUUUUUUAAAACACCUUUCACAAUUGAAAUCUAGAUAAAACCUAGUAUGUCUGGACAAUGCUUGAGUAUUGAUGUUAAUACUUACAUGUCACAGAAGUUUGUGGAACAGUAUAAGAAGUCCAAUAAAAUAUACAAUUAAAA